GCCUAUUCUCGUACUUCGUCGAUGUGGAGACCCUUCUGGCGACUCUCAAUCAGCUUCCACGCCAAAAAAGCUGGCCUUCAGCCCAAAUUGCCAUUGCCAUUGCCCGGAGCAGCGAAUUGGCUGCAAAAUGAGGCAGUCCGCGAUUAGCGAGGACCGCAGGAGCAGCAACCAGGAAUCGGGCCACUAGCUGGCACAGGAGCAUCAGAAGGACCAAGAAUCAGAGUAGCAGGAGCAAGGGCAGCAACAAGUCCUCUGCACGCAACAGGUUAUCACGAAUUGCCCACAAGAUCACUCAGUUCCGACUCCAAUCCAAUUGCAUCUCACGCAUCACAUCACAUUGCAUCGAAUCCAAUCACAACACAUCACAUAAUCGCGAUGAGCCCCUUCGGCUCCAAGAAGAACCGCUCCCUGUCGGUGCGGGUGAGCACCUUCGACUCGGAGCUGGAGUUCAAGCUGGAGCCGCGCGCCUCUGGCCAGGAUCUGUUCGACCUGGUGUGCCGCACCAUCGGGCUGCGCGAGUCCUGGUACUUUGGGCUGCAGUACGUCGACACCCGCAGCAACGUGUCCUGGCUGAAGAUGGAGAAGCGGGUGCGCGACCAGCGCGUUGAGCUGCACGCUAGCAAUAAUGUGUACGUGUUUAGCUUCUACGCCAAGUUCUUUCCGGAGAACGUCAGCGAGGAGCUGAUCCAGGAGAUCACGCAGCACCUGUUCUUCCUGCAGGUCAAGCAGAGCAUCCUCUCCAUGGACAUCUAUUGCCGCCCGGAGGCGUCCGUGCUGCUGGCCUCCUACGCGGUGCACGUGCAGUACGGGCCGUACGACUACGAGACCUACAAGGACGGCAUGCUGGCCGGGGGCGAGCUUCUGCCCAAGGGAGUGACCGAUCAGUACCAGAUGACGCCCGAGAUGUGGGAGGAACGCAUCAAGACAUGGUAUAUGGACCAUGAGCCCAUGACGCGCGACGAGGUGGAGAUGGAGUACCUGAAGAUUGCUCAGGACCUGGACAUGUACGGAGUAAACUACUUUCCUAUUACGAAUAAGAACAAAACCAAAUUGUGGCUGGGCGUCACCUCCGUGGGCCUGAACAUCUACGACGAGCGUGAUAAGCUAACGCCAAAGACCACUUUCCAGUGGAACGAGAUACGGCACGUCAGCUUCGACGACAAGAAGUUUACCAUUCGCCUGGUGGAUGCCAAGGUCUCGAAUUUCAUAUUUUACUCGCAGGACCUCCACAUCAACAAGAUGAUUCUUGACCUGUGCAAGGGCAAUCACGAUCUGUAUAUGCGCCGCCGCAAGCCCGACACCAUGGAAAUCCAGCAGAUGAAGGCCCAAGCCAAGGAGGAGAAGCAACGCCGCCAGAUCGAACGCAAGAAGUUCAUCAGGGAAAAGAAGCUGCGCGAAAAGGCGGAGCACGAGCGCUACGAGCUGGAGAAGAGCAUGGAGCACCUGCAAAACGAGAUGCGCAUGGCCAACGAUGCACUGCGGCGUUCUGAAGAGACCAAGGAGCUGUAUUUCGAGAAGAGUCGUGUCAACGAGGAGCAGAUGCAGCUGACCGAAUGCAAGGCAAACCACUUCAAGACGGAAAUGGACCGACUGCGCGAGCGACAAAUGAAGAUCGAGCGGGAGAAGCACGACCUGGAGAAGAAGAUUCGCGACGCCGACUUCUAUGUCCACCAGCUGACGGUGGAGAACGACAAGCGGGAGGCCGAGACUGAGAAGCUGCGCAAGGAGCUGAUCUGUGCCAAGAUGGCGGAGCGCGAGGCCACCGCUCGCCUUCUCGAAUUCCUCAACAGCGGACGCAAGUCCUCCACGGACAGCCUGCUGACCGCUUCCAGUGUGUCGCACGCGGCCAAUACGGCGUCCAGCAUGGCGGCCAUCAGUACACCCUCCCUCAUCACUAGCAGCUCCACCAAUGACUUGGAGACCGCCGGGGGCGCCGAGCUGACCACACACUCGUCGCACUACCUGGUGCAAGGUGACAACUCCAGCGGCAUUUCGGACGACUUCGAGCCCAAGGAGUUCAUACUCACUGACAACGAGAUGGAGCAGAUCACCAACGAGAUGGAGCGCAACCACCUCGACUACCUGCGCAACUCCAAGCAGGUGCAAAGUCAACUGCAGACACUGCGCUCCGAGAUCGCGCCGCACAAGAUUGAGGAGAACCAGAGCAACCUGGACAUUCUCAGCGAGGCACAGAUCAAGGCCGGCGAGAACAAAUACUCCACGCUCAAGAAGCUCAAGUCCGGCUCGACCAAGGCGCGUGUCGCCUUCUUCGAGGAGCUCUGACCUCCUCCGUCUCCUACUUUCCCCUCACCGGCACAUCCGCCGACAUGACUAAUGCCCCAUCCUAGCUGUACGAUACGUUACGAUUUGGCGUGUGUGCCUGUGCGCGUGCUAGAGUGUAUGAGUGCCUUGACCGUAGUUGUAAUAUAUCCUACUAUAACAUACUAUACUUUAUGUUUUUCGAUCGUUCGCUCAAGCCGCUGCUGUAAUAAACCAAUUGCAAACGUACUGUA